AUGGCUCGCUCUCUUUUUCAAAAAAUACUUCUUAUUGAAUCUGACUCUGAUGAAGAGUUAGAGAUAAUUGCAAAACUUGCUAUGGAAGAAGAAAGAUCAACAUUACAUAGUCCUUCUAAACGACGUCGUACAUUCAUCAUGCGUGAUACCUUGCAAGCCGGGAAAGAUCUUUUUCACGACUAUUUUGCUGAACGGCCAUUAUAUCCUCACAAAUAUUUUCGAAUGAGGUUUCAGAUGAGUCGUCUUCUUUUUUGCCGUAUUCAAAAUGCAGUUGAAGCUCAUGAUAUUUAUUUUGUCCAACAAAGAGAUGGUUCCAAAAGACUCGGUUUUUCUUCCCUUCAGAAGAUUAAUGCGGCACUUAGAAUGCUUGCAUAUGGUGUUACCGCUGAUUUUAUGGACGAAUACUUGAAGAUUGGAGAACCCACUGCAUUAGAGAGUCUAAAAAAAUUUGUUAAAGCGGUGAUUUCAAUUUUUUCAGAAGAAUACUUAAGGUCACCCAACAAUCAAGACAUCGCUAGAUUAUUAGCGGAAGGUGAAAAGCGUGGAUUUCCAGGCAUGUUGGGGAGCAUUGAUUACAUGCACUGGAAAUGGAAGAACUGUCCAACUUCAUGGCAAGGUAUGUAUUCUGGUCAUAUCCAUGAACCAACUAUUAUUUUGGAAGCAGUGGCUUCAUAUGAUCUUUGGAUAUGGCAUCCUUUUUUUGGGUUACCCGGGUCUCAUGAUGGUAUAAACGUGCUAGAUAGAUCUUUGUUAUUUUCUUACCUUGCUCAAGGACGUGCUCCUCCUGUCAACUACACAAUUAAUAAUCAUAAUUAUACAAUGGGAUACUACCUCGUUGAUGGCAUAUAUCCGCAAUGGGCAACAUUUGUAAAAACAAUUUCAUCUUCCCAAGGGAAUAGGAGAAAACACUUUGCUGCAGCCCAAGAGUCGGCAAGGAAGGAUGUGGAGCGUGCCUUCAGAGUACUUCAAGCACGAUUUGCAAUAGUACGUGGGCCUGCACGAUUUUUUUACCCUGAAAUGCUCAAAGACAUUAUGAUAGCAUGUGUAAUUUUACAUAAUAUGAUCGUUGAAGAUGAGCGAGAUGACAAUGGAGCAGAAGACUUCGAGUAUGAACAAUUCAACCAACCACUUGAACCAGUGACCUCUGGGCCUACAAAUGACUUUAGGGAGUUCAUUCAAAGCCAUCAUUGUAUUAGAGAUACGGAAACUCAUUCUCAACUCUAG